CUCUAAAAGGAUUUCUUGUAUGUCGUUAUCAGUAAAUUUGUCGCUUUGGGGUCAAGAUGACGAAGUUCACCAUUCUCACCGGGCUGUGCCUGUUGAUGUGCCAACUGGCAACUGCCUCCCAGAUGGUGUGUUACUUUACCAACUGGUCCCAGUACAGGCCCGGCGCUGGCAAAUACAUGCCUCAGAACGUCGAUCCAUUUCUGUGCACCCAUCUGAUAUAUGCUUUCUCCAUCAUCAACAACAAAAAUGAGCUGGUCACAUACGAAUGGAAUGAUGAGACCCUUUACAAAACCUUCAAUGGUCUGAAGAGCAAGAACCCGGGUCUGAAGACUUUACUUGCCGUUGGAGGAUGGAACUUUGGCUCAACUCAGUUUUCCAUCAUGGUGUCCACUCCGGCCAACCGCCAGAAAUUCAUUCAAUCUUCAAUCAAGUUUCUGAGGACUCAUGGAUUUGAUGGAUUGGAUUUGGACUGGGAGUACCCGGGAUCUCGUGGAAGCCCCCCAGAGGACAAGAAGAGGUUUACUUUACUCUGCAAGGAACUUGUUGAAGCCUAUGCAGCUGAAGCGAAAACCACUGGCAAAUCUCAACUGAUGUUGACCGCUGCAGUGUCAGCAGGAAAGGGAACAAUCGACGCAGGUUACGAAAUUGCACAGAUCGCGAAGUAUCUGGACUUCAUCAAUGUGAUGACAUAUGAUUUCCACGGAACUUGGGAGCGAGUUACGGGGCACAACAGCCCCCUGUACCGCGGGUCUCAAGACUUUGGUGACCUCAUCUACUUUAACACCGACUAUGCCAUGAAGUAUUGGCGAGAUCAAGGUACCCCAGUGGAGAAACUGAGGAUGGGUUUUGCUGCCUAUGGUCGUACAUUCCGUCUGGCAUCCUCAAACACCGGAGUCGGAGCCCCUGCGAGUGGUGCGGCAUCAGCUGGUCCUUUCACCCGAGAAGCUGGAUUCUGGUCCUACUAUGAGAUCUGUAAUUUCCUUCAGGGCGCCAAUGUUCAGUGGAUCGACGACCAGAAAGUUCCAUAUGCCAGCAAAAACAAUGAGUGGGUGGGAUUUGAUAACCAGAAAAGCUAUGAGAUUAAGGUCCAAUACAUGAAGAACAUGAAAUUUGGUGGUGCUUUCGUGUGGGCACUGGAUCUGGAUGAUUUCAGAGGAGAGUUCUGUGGACAGGGCGCCCAUCCCUUGCUGGCCCAUCUGCGAAAACUGGUGGCUGACAUACCACCAAUCCCACCAACCACAACACAGAAACCGAGCGUAACAACCACGAGACCAGUCAUUACUACAACCUCCAAACCCGUAGCAACCACAAGACCAGUCAUUCCCACAACCUCCAAACCUGCAACAUCCACUGCCGCACCAACCACAAUGACAACCCACAAACCGAGUAGCACCACCGCUGCUCCAUCUACUAAGACCACAAUUCCCAUCCCAGGACGUGGCUUCUGCAAAGAUAAGCCCGAUGGCACCUAUGCCAACCCAAAUGACAAAACCAGUUUCUAUGUGUGUGCAGGGGGCAGAACCUACCUCAGAAAGUGUGGUGUUGGCACUGUCUUUGAUGACAGCUGCAAGUGCUGUAUAUGGCCCUAAAAGUUCACACCUGUCAUUUGUCAGAUCUCAGUGUUCAGUCUAAACUAAUGGUUUUGUGCAAAGAU